UGUGGUUUUGUGUGGACACGGUGGCUCAGCUCUCGCCUCUCUUGUGAUUGUGCCUCACUCACCUGGAACAUUGACAUGGCCUGGCUCUCACAGACAAUUUUCCAUUGCAUAGAUUCCUUUGCACUGCUUUCCCAAGAACAUUUUGAGCCGCUGUUCGGGAGGUGAUUUCUGUUCCUGUUACGGGAAGGACGGCCACGAAGCUUCUCUACGAAUAUUUGUGGAGUGGUGAGGUUUUUGGAGGUGGCCACAAUGGCGACUUCUAGAGUUGCCGCGGCCUCGUCGUUGCAAUACCAGCUGUUGGCUGGAACUACGCAGGAUUGCAAGCAACGAACCGCGGUUAGUAGAAUACCCAUGGGCCUCGGCUCGUCUGGUUCUCUUCACAGGGGCGUCUCUAGGGGCCUACAUGCGGAGGGGAGCCAGAGGUUUUGGGCCGGUGUCCUGAGGAGGAGCGUCGCUGUGCGAGCGAGUUCGAAUCAGAGCAUUUCUAGGCCGGCGGACAAGCCCCGCUUCAUCCAGCACAAGCAAGAGGCAUUUUGGUUCUAUAGAUUUUUGUCAAUUGUGUAUGAUCAUGUGAUAAACCCCGGACAUUGGACUGAGGAUAUGCGGGAGGACGCCCUGGAGCCUGCCGACUUGAACGACCCGAAUCUGACGGUGGUUGAUGUAGGGGGCGGCACUGGAUUCACCACCCUUGGCAUUGUCAAGACUGUGGACGCCAAGAAUGUGACUAUUCUCGAUCAAUCUCCACAUCAGUUGUCCAAGGCCAAGGAGAAAGCGCCCCUCAAGGACUGCAAGAUCAUCGAAGGAGAUGCCGAGGACUUGCCCUUCAAGACGGACUAUGCUGACCGAUACAUUUCAGCGGGAAGUAAUGCUCUACUAAUUUACACCAUUGUGCCGUUCUCAUUUCAUAUAUGUUACAGCAUUGAGUACUGGCCCGACCCUCAGCGUGGUAUCACCGAAGCCUACAGAGUACUAAAGAAGGGAGGAAAAGCGUGCCUCAUCGGUCCUGUGCAUCCUUCGUUCUGGCUGUCCAAAUUUUUUGCCGACGUAUGGAUGCUCUUCCCAACAGAAGACGAGUACAUGGAGUGGUUCACAAAGGCUGGUUUUACUGACGUAAAGAUUAAGAGAAUUGGACCAAGUUGGUAUCGAGGAGUUCGGCGUCAUGGUCUCAUUAUGGGAUGUUCGGUUACUGGAGUGAAGGCAGAAGCUGGAGAAUCUCCGUUAAAGCUGGGACCGAAGGCAGAGGACGUGAAGGGCCCGUGGAAUCCAUUGUCCUUCGUUUACAGAUUCAUCGUCGGAGUUGUUGCUUCAUUAUACUAUGUCCUUGUACCUAUCUACAUGUGGUUGAAGGACCAAAUUGUUCCGAAGGACCAGCCUAUUUAAAAUGCUAUUUUUUCACCCAAUACCCCGUCUUUCUGCGGGUAUAGCAGCAAGAAGUCCCCCUGAGUGAUGUUUUUUUGUUCAAUUGACGGGGCGGCAGUGUAAAGUUUGUUUCAUACCCUAGGGAAUUACACUCUUUUCAUCUGUUUUGUAGCAGGAGUUUAUCUACCAAGGCUAUGUAGGUAGUGAAAGUCCAACACGAUUCUUUCCGCCAUUCAUUAAAUUGUUCCCUGAAUAUACCAACCAUCAAUGUAGCCAGUGUAUUCAGAAAUAAGUUCAGAGUCUACUGAAACGAAGUUUUGCUUUGCCGUCUGUGCAUUACCUUGA